GCAGCUCUGGUCUCAUCUGCUCCGUGUAUGCAGGACUCUGCUGUCACAUGACCAUUAUCACAGGUCCUUCACUCACAAUCUCUUCUAUCCUGCACUGCUAAGCUCCGCCCACUCCUGUCACAUGAUCCUCCCCACAGGUCCUUUAACCGCAGUCACAUCUAUACUGCUAAACUUUGCCCCCAAAUGUACUGGUCACAUGAUUGUGACAUCAUCACAGGUCCUACACCUCCAGCAUGUAGCAGAUACAGAGCAGGUCCUGGUGGGGCAGUCACUGCUGUUGUGUGUGGAGAUCUCUCAGAGCAGCAGCCCCCGAUCAUGUGACUCCUCCUCCUCCAUGUGACUGAUCACAUGACGGUGACAUCAUCGCAGGUCCUGUAAGCACACGGCUCCUCUACAGAUACAGGUUUCUCCAAUCCAGGAUCCUCUGCUGAUAUCUUCUAUAUAAGAGAAUUCUCCUGGAUGACCCAUCAACCAUGGAGAGAGACAGGAACAAGAUGGCCGACAGGAUCAUAAACCUCACCCUACAGAUACUCUUUCGGCUUACUGGAGAGGAUUACACAGUAGUGAAGAAGUCCUCUAGUGGGUGCUGUCGGGCCCCUGUGUGUGAAGGAUGGGUGAGAACCCUGAGCCCAAUCCCGGGGCCCCCACCUCACUCCCUGAUACAUGAGGAAAUGGAUGAACAGAAGAUCCGAGAACUCAUCAACAAGAUGAUGGAGCUGCUGACUGGAGAGGUUCCUAUAAGGUGUCAGGACGUGGCGGUCUAUUUCUCCAUGGAGGAGUGGGAGUAUGUAGAAGGACACAAGGAUCAGUACAAGGAUCAGGUCAUGAUGGAGGAUCAGCAGCCCCUCACAUCACCAGUCAGAUCCAGUAAGAGAACAGCACCAGAGAGGUGUCCCCGUCCUCUUCUUCCACAGGAUGAUCAGGGUGAAGAUCCGAACAAUAUUAAUGCUCCAGAGACAGAUGUGAGCAGUGAUGAGCAGUAUAAGGAGGACAUUACUACAGGGAAAGAUCUGAUCUAUAUUAAUGCUACAGACAUAAGGGAAGAAGAAGAAGAGACAGAUGUGAGCGGUGUUGAGCAGUAUAAGGAGGACAUUCCUACAGGAAAAGAUCUGAACAAUAUUAAAGCUACAGACAUAAGGGAAGAAGAAGAGACAGAUGUGAGCAGUGAUGAGCAGUAUAAGGAGGACAUUACUACAGGGAAAGAUCUGAUCUAUAUUAAUGCUACAGACAUAAGGGAGGAAGAAGAAGAGACAGAUGUGAGCGGUGUUGAGCAGUAUAAGGAGGACAUUCCUACAGGAAAAGAUCUGAACAAUAUUAAAGCUACAGACAUAAGGGAAGAAGAAGAGACAGAUGUGAGCAGUGAUGAGCAGUAUAAGGAGGACAUUACUACAGGGAAAGAUCUGAACAAUAUUAAAGCUACAGUCAUAAGGGAAGAAGAAGAGACAGAUGUGAGCGGUGAUGAGCAGUAUAAGGAGGACAUUCCUACAGGUAACCACCCAGAUUCUUGUAGCAGGAGAUCAGAGGAGAAUCUUAUAUCUUCAGAUUAUAAAGCAGAUGAUGAUAUCACACAAGAUACAUAUGAAGAACAUUCCAUUAUCCCAGAUACACCCUCAGCCCUUCACAGCCAAGAUCUGUCAUCUCAUCCUUAUAUACAGGUCCUGUCUUCUCACUCAUCACAGGAUGUUCAGCAAAAUAAAGGUCAUAGAAGGGGUGUUGGACAUCAACAAGCUCAUACAGGAAAGAAACCAUAUUCAUGCUCAGAAUGUGGGAAAUGUUUAAUUAAGAAGUCAAGUCUUGUUGAACAUCAGAAAAUUCACACAGGAGAGAAACCAUUUUUAUGUCCAAAAUGUGGUAAAUGUUUUAUUCAGAAAUCAGCUCUUGUUCAACAUCAAAGAACUCACACAGGGGAGAAGCCAUUUUCAUGUUCAGAAUGUGGGAAAUGUUUUACUGUCAAAUCAAAUCUUCUUAAACAUCAGAGAAUUCACACAGGAGAGAAGCUAUUUUCAUGUUCAGAAUGUGGAAAAUGUUUUACUGAAAAAUCAUGUCUUGUUCAACAUCAAAGAACUCACACAGGGGAGAAGCCAUUUUCAUGCUUAGAAUGUGGGAAAUGUUUUACUUUUAAAUCAGGUCUUCUUGUACAUCAAAGAAAUCACACAGGAGAGAAGCCAUUUUCAUGUUCAGAAUGUGGUAAAUAUUUUACUGAAAAAUCUAAUCUUGUUAAACAUCAAAGAACACACACAGGGGAGAAGCCAUUUUCAUGUUCAGAAUGUGGGAAAUGUUUUACUGAAAAAUCAUUUCUUGUUCAACAUCAAAGAACACACACAGGGGAGAAGCCAUUUUCAUGUUCAGAAUGUGGGAAAUGUUUUACUGAAAAAUCAUGUCUUGUUCAACAUCAAAGAACUCGCACAGGGGAGAAGCCAUUUUCAUGCUCAGAAUGUGGGAAAUGUUUUACUUUCAAAGGAGAUGUUACUCGACAUAAAAAAACUCACACAGGAGAGAAGCCAUUUUCAUGUUCAGAAUGUGGGAAAUGUUUUACUGGCAAAUCAAAUCUUAAACAUCAAAGAACUCACACAGGGGAGAAGCUAUUUUCAUGCUCAGAAUGUGGGAAAUGUUUUACUCAGAAAUCAAAUCUUGUUAGACAUCAAAGAACUCACACAGGGGAGAAGCCAUUUUCAUGUGCAGAAUGUGGGAAAUGUUUUACUCAGCAAUCAAAUCUUGUUAAACAUCAAAGAACUCACACAGGGGAGAAGCCAACUCAGAGCAAUAAAUGAUGCAGAUAAGACAUCUAUAUAUUGUCCAUGUACAUAGGAUAUCUGACAUUUAUACAUAUAUCAUAUACUGCAUCUCCAAACUUGUUCCCAAUUGAUAAUAAAAGUUUUCUUUUAGAACGUAGUCACCGAUCCAGCGAUGUCAUCACUAUAGUUUACAUGGUAGGAGAAGAGUGUGGUAUAUGGUUGUGAUAUUCACUGCUCCUCAUGGAGAAGACCCAACAGGCAUAAUCCAUGGGGAGCUGCUACUGGAGACCCAAACACCUCACAGAGAAGGGACUUACCUGCUGAGACCCUUUUAGAAAGGUUGUGUUAUCCCGAUCCUAGCUGAUCAUGUGGCGUCCGAUCACUGGACACCUCACUCUGUGCUCGGCUGUUUCUGCAGCUCCCAUAGUGAAUGUACCUCCUCCCUACCUGGGGACACUGGGGUCCCUGUUAUUGAGAUACAGGGGAUAGAUGACACAACCCCCUCACCACCCCGUGAUGUACUUUUAUGUCAUGGGCGGGAUUACUUUCCCACCUGUCUUGGCAGUGUAACCCUAUGUAUGCCGCAGUCAGUACUGAUUGUGGCAUCUAUAGGGUUAAACUGUCUUGCUCCCCCAGUCAUGGCCUCCAGGUCUACCAGGCGCUGUUGCCUAUGAGGCCUGACCUCGGUAACACUGACAGUUAUACUGCGCUGUAGUACAGAUGUAUGGUGGUGUAGUAUAACAGAGAUUAGACGAAAGAGAUCAUUGUGUGCAGUGUUAUAGUCUCCUAUGGGAUAAUAAUGAUCAGUAUAAGAGAUCAGUGUGUGCAGUGCUAUAGUCUCCUAUGGGAUAACAAUGAUCAGUAUAAGAGAUCAGUGUGUGCAGUGUUAUAGUCCCCUAUGGGAUAAUAAUGAUCAGUAUAAGAGAUCAGUGUGUGCAGUGUUAUACUCUCCUAUGGGAUAACAAUGAUCAGUAUAAGAGAUCAGUGUGUGCAGUG